CUGGCAACUCCCAGAGCCGAGGAGAUACUAAACUCCUUGGGAACGUUAAUGUUGAAUGACACCGGCGGUGUCAACGGGUCACAGGUAGAAAAUGAAACCUUCGAGUUUAUAGUCAGAUUAAUGCUCGAGGCGGAGAAGCUGGUCAGAAAGUGCCUCUACUGUAAGGUGCUCGCCGCCACUGAGCCUAUCUAUUUAGAAAAAAUUCUCUCCGCCGGCGGCUGGGACGUGAUCAACAGCUGGCUCGCAGCGGCGCUCAAGUCCUUUGACGAGGACCACCACCAGCACUUUCUGCAGGAGCUGCUCAGUCUGCUGGCGAUGCUGCCGAUGAACGUCAACCGCCUGAAGGAGAACGACACGCCGAAGAUGCUCAACCUCUGGCUGAAGGAGAAGAAGAAGAAGCAGGGCAGCAGUGCGGCGGACUUUCCCACUGCCAUCGUCGACAUUGCCAAUCAGGUGGUGAAGAACUGGAAGGACAUUGUCACGAACGCUGCCAGUGGCGACGGAGGCGGUGGUGGCAAGGCCUCCAAGUCCUUAUCAAAUGCAAAGGAAAAGAAGAGAAAGAGCGCUGAUGGUGGCUCGGGGGAAGGCGGGUCCUCAAAGAGGACCAAGCCAUCCGCUUCCUCCUCCUCAUCAGCUGGGCCUGCCACUACUACUAAAUCAUACGGCCCAAAGACGACCACAAUCAGCAACAGUUACACAAACGUCAAGGGCAGCAGUAGACUGGCCCAGGAGCGAAAGUCAAAGUUGAAGGCGGUAGUUAAGAAGGAGGCGGCCGCUAAAAGUGAUAUUAAGGGGGCGGCCAAGUUGAGCACAAGCAGCAGCAGCAGCACCACAGAGUCAAAGGAGGUGGCUGCAGCUGCUAAUGAGCAGGACAAGGUACUACCUGAAAAGGACAUCAAGGACGACCCGGACAAGCCGAAGGUGAUGACCACGAAGGUGAAGGCGAGCAAGUUUCGACUGGACUUUACCUCCUCCACGACGACCACUGCAGCAGCGACGAAGAAGAAGAAGACGGCGACGACGACGACAACUGGGACUUCCGGGACGGCUGAUGCUCCAGCCACGGGAAAGGGGAAGGAAAAUGAAGCCAAGAAGAUCAUCGCCAAUGGCAAAAGCUCGAUGGCCGAUUCCCCGAUGAGCUUCAUGGAGGCGCUCGAUGGCUCAUCAACAAACAGCAGCGGUGGCGGAAUCAGUGCGGUAACCACGCUCAAAGCCAAACUAGGUAGACGAACGGGCGGCGGCGCCAAUAAAGAUAUCAGUGAGCUUUUAGUUGGGGGUGGUAGGAGCAGCCGUAGCGACGAUGUCGUCAGCGUUGGCGGCGGCGGUCUACUGCCGGCGGCUGUGGCAGCGGCGGCACUGUCCACCACCACCACCCACCUCCUCAGCUACAACAACCACAACAACAAUAAAAUCAGUCAGUCAGAUAAGAGUCAACAUAUGCUGAACACUGCCACUACCACUUCCACUUCCACACAUCACCACCAGGAAUUGGGACUAGAAACAGGUGGAGGAGAUAGUGGAGGAGAUAUCUAG